AUGGCGCUUUUGGAUGACAUGGUGUCUGAUUUGGCUUUUUUGAUGACGUGGCAGGUAAUGUGGCACUACGGAGCAGGCGAUGAACACGACACUCAGAUUACCAUUGAGGGCCAGGUGGUUCCACAGGCAACUAAGUUCAAGUAUUUAGGAUCGUUUGUUCAGAGUAAUGGAGAGAUAGACAACGACGUAGCUCACCGUAUCCAGGUUGGAUGGUGUAGGUGGAGAGCAGCCACAGGGCUAUUGUGCGACAAGAGGUUCCCUGAUAAAUUAAAAGGGAAAUUUUAUAGGGUUGCAAUUAGACCCUCUAUGGUAUACAGAACAGAUUGUUGUGCCAUCAAGAAAAUGCAUGCUCGAAAGCUAGAGGUAGCGGUGAUGAGGAUGCUAAGAUGGAUGUGUGGGCAUACUAGGUUGGACAAGAUAAUAAAUGAGGUUUUUAUGGAAAGACAAGGAAUCGCUAGUAUUUCAGACAAGAUAAGGGAGGGGAGAUUGAGAUGGUUUGGGCAUGUCAGGAGGAGGCAGACGACAGACCCGAUAAGAAUAGUUGAAACACUCAUUGUAGAUGGAAGGAGGAGUAGAGGCAGGCUGAAAAUGACUUGGGAUGAGCGGAUUAGGCAAGAUUUGCACCUCUCUGAGGACAUGGUCGAGGACAGAACUUCGUGGAGACGUAUGAUUAAGGUUAAGUACUUUUAG